UCUGCCACCAGAUGGCUUUCAGAAUGAUGGAAUUGCGAAAAUGUUUUUUGUCGUGUGGUUUUCUAUAAUUUUUAACUGUGUAGAAGUGAUCAUCAUUCCCUUAUUUUAAAUUAUACUCCUCUGGGAAGAAGAGGAGCAAGCAUACUGCUUUUUGUUAAUUUUUACUGUUAGUGUCUGGGAUUAUUAGUUUUAGGUUAUUGUUAUUGUUAGUACGCAUUUUAUCCGAGUUGGAUCUGAUGUAGAUAAAUUUUUGAACUUCGUAGCAUUCAACGUUGCGUUAUCAGAGAUCUUGAAGUAAUAUGAACCGAUUUAUGAAGACACCUUUAUAUAUGGGCUCCAGUUUUAAAAUGUUUGUGUGGCAAACAAGAAAUCAAAUCUUGUAUAAACCAAAUGGCUGCCGUCUCGGUCAUUUUCCAAUGUUUUCAGCUUCAGCGCUUAAUUUUGAAGAUCCUAAUUCCUGUAUCUCCGUUCGUGAAGUACAGAAAAUAACUUCUUUAUUAGAAGGUCUCCGUCACGGGGAUCGCAGUGCUCUUGCUUGUGCGAUAACUCUAGUUGAAUCUCAAAAUCAACAAAAAAUAGCUGCUGCUCAGUAUCUGUUAAGCUUAGUGUUAAAAGACGCGAGAAAGCGGUACUCAUUCUUAGGACAGAAAGCUUUAAGUUUUCGAAUAGGUCUUACAGGCCCUCCAGGAGCAGGUAAAUCAACAUUUAUCGAAACACUUGGAAAGAUGUUAACUUCAAAAGGUUAUAAAGUAGCAGUUUUAGCAGUUGAUCCGUCUUCAUCUACCACCGGUGGCUCUCUUCUUGGAGAUAAGACAAGAAUGCCGGAGUUAUCAAGAGAUCACAAUGCUUUUGUGCGUGCAUCACCAACUAGUGGUUGUUUAGGGGGGGUGACUCGAAGCACCAAUGAAGCAAUUGCUUUGUGUGAAUGUGCCGGUUAUGAUAUAAUAAUUAUAGAAACUGUAGGAGUAGGACAGUCAGAAUUUCACGUCUCUUAUAUGGUUGAUAUGUUCGUUAUGAUUGUGUCACCUGCUGGUGGAGAUGAACUCCAAGGUCUCAAAAAGGGAAUAGUAGAAUUAGUUGAUUUAAUUGUUGUGAAUAAAAGUGAUGGUGAUUUGGUGCCUAGUGCUCAUCUUAUUCAAACAGAGUAUGUUAGUGCUUUGAAGUUUGUUCGUCGGCGAUUUAGAAGUUGGCGACCUAUUGUACUUCGUGUUUCUUCCCGUACUAAAGAAGGAAUAGAAAAUUUAUGGGAAGAAAUGGUUGAUUUUCAAGAAACUUUGUUAGAGUCUGGUGAGUUAGAAUUAAAUCGAAAAAAUCAGUACAACAAAUGGUUAUGGACACAUGUUGAACACAAUUUAUUAAAUGCCUUUAAAAAACACCCUAAUGUAAAGUCUUUAAUUAAAGAUAUGGAAAUAAAAGUUCAGGAAGGUAUUGUAACACCUGGGCAAGCCUCAGAUAUUUUGCUUGAAGCAUUUUUGAAACCAUUAUUAAAGUAAAAUUUUUAGAUUUUAUUGAGAAAUAAAUAAAUAACUAUGUUUUAUAAGAAAUAUCAAGUUUUCAUAUGUGUGGACCAUAUGCUUUUCAUUUUCUCUAUAGUUUUGUUCUGCAGAAUCUUUGAUUAAGUGUGCUGAAUGUGUAUUUUUUCAUAAAAUUUUUUUGUAUUAAUCUCGAGUUUCUUUUUUUUUAUUUAUGCACUGCUGGGGAAUCAAUGUUUUCAUAUUAAUUUGUUUAGUUUUAUUAGAAUCAAGAUGUUAGUGUGUGAUAUUCUAGACUGUAAAUGUGAGUAAAAGUAAUUAAACAUUUAAUACACAA